AUGGCUUCAAACAUACAAGAGACGCCCUUUGUGAAACAGCUGGCAGCAAAUGACCGCCCAACCCGUGAAAAGGCCCUCUCCUCCCUACAAACCUACCUCUGCUCCGGUCGUAAUUUCACUACCAUCGAGCUCCUGAAGAUCUGGAAAGGUCUCUUCUUCUGCAUCUUCCACACGGACCGCCCCAUCCCCCAACAACGCCUCUCCAAAUCCCUCGCAUCCCUCCUCCUCCCGCUCCCCACGACCCUCUUCCUCCCCUUCCUCCACGCCUUCUGGAAAACCAUUAUCCAUUACUGGUCCCAAAUUCCCUCACUACGCCUCGACAAGUAUCUAUACCUGCUACGACAAUAUAUCGCCUACUCGUUCAAAUAUCUGCAGCAGCACGCAUGGAAUAGGGAACUAGUAACGGGGUACUUGGAUUUGCUGGAGGGGGUCUAUAAAGCGAGGAGCGAGGAUGGCAUCGGGGCGUUGAGUGCGGGUGAUGGGAAGGUGCCGGAUGGGGUCAGGUAUCACGUGCUUGAUGUGUGGGUUGACGGUUUGCUGGAGACGGAUGAGUGGGAGGGGGUGGGGGUUAUGAGGCCGGUUGAGAGGUUGAGGAUAGAGGGGAGGACGAAGGUUGUGAGGGAGAGGGCCAGGGAGGUAUUGGGGGAUGAGCGGUCGCAGGGGAUAGAAGAGAGGACAGGAAAUGACGGAGAGGAUCGUAGAGGUGAUGAGGAAGAGGAAUUCGAAGGCUUUACGGAGUGA